GCUGUGACAAAGGUUUUGGACAUGCCUUCAAAACUGCUUCAUGCAAAAGGAUUUACUGUUUUUGCUGGAUGCUUGCUUGGGGAUGAGAAUGGAGAUGGUGCAAGGGAGCUGAAGAACAUGAAGUCAGAUCGCAUGCAAGUGCUACAGAUGGAUGUGUGCAGUGACCAGGAGGUGGCUCAGGCUGUGGACUUUGUGAAGAGGACCCUGAAGGAGACAGAGGAAGGUCUGUGGGGCCUGGUGAACAAUGCUGGUGUCUCAGCCUUCGGAGAGGUGGAAUUUGCAAGUUUAGACAACUACAAGAAGGUGGCAGAGAUCAACCUGUGGGGCACCGUGAGGGUGACAAAGGCUUUCCUGCCCCUCAUUCGCAGAGCUAAAGGCCGUGUGGUGAAUAUCACAAGCAUGUUGGGACGGAUGGUGAGUCCAUCUCGCUCCUGCUAUUGCAUUUCCAAGUUUGGGGUGGCAGCCUUCUCCGACUGCCUCAGGCAGGAGAUGUACCGCUGGGGUGUCAGAGUCAUCCUCAUUGAGCCCAGUAACUUUGUGGCAGCGACCGGCAUCCUGACAGCUGACAGCAUUGACAAGCAAGCUGAGGUGCUGUGGAGUGGAGCCAGCCACACCGUGCAGGAGGACUAUGGGAGGGAGUAUUUCACUCGCCACGUGGCCUUGAUGAAGUCCUUCAUUAACAGUGGCCUGAAGGACAUGUCUCUAGUCCUGAAUGACAUCACUGAUGCGCUCACUUCCCCGAGCCCGAAGAACCGUUACAAUCCCAUGGAGACCUACUGGUGGGUGAGGCUGCAGGUCAUGACUCACCUGCCCACUGCCAUCGCCGACUGGCUUUACAUCCCCGGAGCUGCCCUGUAA